AUGGGUGACUAUCGCCAUAUGAGGUCGGGCAGCCUCAAUAUUCCCUCGCAAGGCGGUGCUCCUCCCACAGCAGCUGCUCCCGCUCCUGGGCCAGCCCAUGGCCGCUUCGACGGCCCGCGCAGCCCACCGAACACCUCCCACGUCCCUUGCAAAUUCUUCCGUCAAGGCGCCUGUCAGGCUGGCUCGGCUUGUCCCUUCAGCCAUGAUCUUGGUGCUGCCUCAGAAACCGUCUGCAAAUACUUUGCCAAGGGCAACUGCAAAUUCGGUCCGAAAUGUGCCAAUGUCCAUGUUCUUGCCGACGGCCGACGCAUCAAUUACAGCAAGAAUGGUAUCUCCAUUGGACAGCCUCUUCAUCUAGGCAAUCGUAUCAAUCCUACCGCCUAUAACAAUUCCAACAGCGCUCUUACCAACUCCUUCAUGCGUGCCGAUGCCGCUGCUCCCUACAGUCCUUAUGGCUAUGCAAUCCCGCCUGGGGAUUCCUUCCAAACCCUCGAUCGUCGCCCGAGUUUCGAAAACGUCCCCGUGAUUGAUACAACAUACUCUCACACAAGCUCUGGUUAUGGCUCGCCUCGAGACGAAGAGCCCACCCGGCUGGGUUUGGGCCUGUCACCAGUUGGAGGUCUAUCCGUGCUUGAUGCGCCCUUGCCAGCCUCAUUCGACUCGAACGGUAUCUCAAACGCAGCCAGGUUCCCCGCCGGUCCUUGGCCGUCCUCUGUGCCUUCCCAGUUUGGCCUCGACUCGCCCUCUCCAUCACUAAAUGCAGCUAAGGACGCCCGUACAUCCGAAGCUCUCAAGCUGUUGCAUCACUCUGCCUUUGGUAGUAAUGAUCGCCUUUCUUCUACCGUUACUGGUUCUUCGCCACCAACGCAGCCUUCUGAUGAAUACUUUGGUCGGAGACCGAUGCACUCGAGUCGCUAUGCUAGGACUAAAGUGCUCAGUAGCAGCGCCCCUCGCGUAAUUUCUGGUGCAAUUGAUCGGGAUUGGGAGUCCGAGUUCCCCUUCUCGGAGGAAGAUUACGUGCCCGACAAUCUGAAGGAGCUUUUGACACCUGCUGAGAAAGCUCGUCGCGGCUCCCGUGCCGCCGACGAUGACAUGAAUGGCCACAGAGGCAAUGGCUCGUCGCCCAGUAUCAUCGGUCUCAGUGGAACUGGAACGCCCAAUGCAGAGCCGACCUCCAAGUUCGGUAGUCCGCUCGCAUCAAGCCCAAGUCGAUGGGGUCCUCUGUUCCAGCGCCAACACGAAGAACAAGAGGCUAAAAAGCACGCUAUAGGAGCGAGUGCUGGGGCUUUCGGGCAUAUUGGAAGUCCUCUACGACAGUCCAGCUUGAGCGCUGACGUGAUGAGGUCCCGUGUCGCCAGUCGAUCCGGUAGUCUUGAGGGACUCAGCGAUCAACUGCAACGUACCCGAAUUGAUGGCAAUGGAAGCGGGGGAGAAUCGCCCUUAUUGCAUCCACACUCACAUAUCCCGAGACCCGGGGGGCGCAAUGGUGAGCGACAUGUUAGCAGUGGUUCCAUCAGUUCCAGUGCACGAUAUACGACACCUAUCGGCGAGGAAGAUGGGGAGUUUGUGUUUAAGAUGGACGAAGAUGGCGAAAGAGACAGCACUAUCCGCGCCAGGAAGCGAACCUCUGGAGUCGGCAAUAUCAUGUCAUCUUGGAAUCCCAAUUAUACGAGCGCAGGUUCAGUGGGUGGAAAGAAAGACGAUAGCGCUUCGAGGGUUGUGGACAGUGUUGGUGGUCACUAA